CGGGCGCUGUUUUCGGGCGCUGGGAAGUUGCGCAUGGACAGUGUAUCCUUGGCGAUUGAUCGCGUUCAUGUGGCUGACUCGUCGACAAAGUAUAUGCAAAGUAGAGCAACGCAAGUUCCAGCUUGGCUUUCGAACAAGUCUUUGUCGUCGCAUUCGGAAGUUUAUGUAGCCUUCUCGGCAGAUGCAUCCACAACACCCUACCCCUUUUUGCAGGAUGUUAACUGAUAGACCUCCGUGAAUCCGUGGCCAUGUAACCGAAUGUCCGGUUCUGGAAUGGACUCCCAAAGCUUUCUUAUGCCAGCGCAACAUAACAUUUCAAACUCCGACGCCGAGACGCUCCAACUGGCAACCCUUGUAUCAAUUGCCGACUGGGCUCACCGCGGUCCUCGUUGCUCAACGUCACCGCCGUGGUCUCGCAUUCGAU